AUGGCCCAGGAACGUGCUCCUCUCCGUCUCGGCUCCGUUGCCCCCAACUUCGAAGCCGACUCCUCCAACGGCCCUAUCUCUUUCCACGACUUCAUUGGCGACAGCUGGGCUAUCCUGUUCUCCCACCCCGAUGACUUCACUCCCAUUUGCACCACUGAGCUUGGUGCUUUCGCCAAGCUCGAGCCUGAGUUCACUGCUCGUGGCGUCAAGCUCAUCGGUCUGAGCGCCAACGGCACCGAGUCCCACCACGCCUGGAUCAAGGAUAUCGAUGAGGUCAACGGCUCGAACCUCAAGUUCCCCAUCAUCUCCGACCCCGAGCGCAAGGUUGCCUACCUGUACGACAUGGUCGACUACCAGGACACCACCAACGUUGACGCCAAGGGCAUGGCUCUCACCAUCCGUUCCGUCUUCAUCAUCGACCCCAGCAAGAAGAUCCGUCUGAUCAUGUCCUACCCCGCCUCCACUGGUCGUAACACCGCUGAGGUCCUCCGUGUUGUCGACGCUCUGCAGACCACUGACAAGCACGGUGUCACCUGCCCCAUCAACUGGCUCCCUGGUGACGACGUUGUCAUCCCCCCUCCCGUCUCCACUGAGGACGCUCAGAAGAAGUUCGGUGACAUCCGCAUUGUCAAGCCUUACCUUCGCUUCACCUCCCUCAAGAAGGAGUAA